GGCUGGGGAUGCUACUAAACAUCCUGAAAUGGGUGGACUUAUCGUUAAAAUGUAACAGUGCCAUUGUUUGCGAAACCCUGACUGGAGUGGGGCAAUAGUGAGUCAUUAAGGAAAUUAACAUCUCACCCCUUGAAAGGAGGAGGAUUGUGGUCAGAUCGGGAAGGAGCUCUGAAGAGGCAACAGGAAUCCAGUCAGCAGAUUGGACAGCCUGGGGGGAGCUAGUACCGAAAAAGCCACGGGACUUCACGGAAACUCUUGAGAGACCAGCCCUACCGGGGAGGUAGGACUGGCUGUCCAGCCAGCAGGAAUCUCAAGGCCAUCAUGUGGCUCCAAUUAGUUCCUAAGUGGCCGUGAGCUCAGAAGCUCUCCCCAAGGUCUGAGCCCAAGACCGGAGGUGGAACAAGGAAAUCCAGUCCAAAAUCUGACAAAUAAGCCAUGACGGUCAGCGAACAGGACUCCACAGAUUCCAAAGAAAGUGAUUCGGUGAAAGAGAAAUUGGACUGGUCCUGCUGGCUCAUCGUGGCCUCUCUGGUGGGCGCCUUCGGCUCCUCCUUCCUCUAUGGGUACAACCUGUCGGUGGUGAACGCCCCAACUCUGUACAUCAAGUCCUUCUACAAUGAAUCGUGGGAAAGAAGGCACGGACAUCCAAUAGACCAAGACACUCUGACCCUGCUCUGGUCUGUGACAGUGUCCAUAUUCGCCAUUGGUGGACUCGUGGGGACGUUACUGGUGAAGCUGAUCGGAAAGGUUCUUGGGAGGAAGCACACUCUGCUGGUCAACAAUGGGUUUGCGAUAUCUGCUGCACUGCUCAUGGCCUGUUCUCUCCAGGCAGGAGCCUUUGAAAUGCUCAUCGUGGGACGCUUCAUCAUGGGCAUGGAUGGAGGCAUCGCCCUCAGCGCGCUCCCCAUGUACCUGAACGAGAUCUCGCCCAAGGCGAUCCGUGGCUCUCUGGGGCAGGUGACCGCCAUCUUCAUCUGCGUUGGCGUGUUCGUGGGGCAGCUGCUGGGCCUGCCUGAGCUGCUGGGAAAGGAGAGCACCUGGCCAUACCUGUUUGGAGUGAUCGCUGUCCCUGCCUUGGUCCAGCUGGUGACCCUGCCUUUUCUCCCCGAGAGCCCCCGCUACCUGCUCUUUGAGAAGCACGACCAGGCCGGAGCCGAGAAAGCCUUCCGAACCUUCCUGGGCAAAGAGGAUGUCUCCCGAGAGGUGGAGGAGGUCCUGGCAGAGAGCCGCUUGCAGAGGAACAUCCACCUGGUGUCCGUGCUGGAGCUGCUACGGAGUCCCUUCGUCCGCUGGCAGGUCAUCACUGUGGUCGUCACCAUGGCCAGCUACCAGCUCUGCGGUCUCAACGCGAUUUGGUUCUACACCAAUAGCAUCUUUGGGAAAGCUGGGGUCCCUCCGGAAAAGAUCCCAUACAUCACCUUGAGCACCGGUGGCAUUGAGACUUUGGCCGCCAUCUUCUCUGGCUUGGUCAUUGAGCGCCUGGGACGGAGACCCCUCCUCAUGGGCGGCUUUGGGCUGAUGGCCCUCUUCUUUGGAAUCCUCACCGUUACAUUGACGCUGCAGGACCACGCCCCCUGGAUCCCAUACCUGAGUAUCGUGUGCAUUCUGGCCAUCAUAGCCUCCUUCUGCAGCGGGCCAGGGGGCAUCCCGUUCAUCCUGACCGGCGAGUUCUUCCAGCAGCCCCAGCGGCCGGCUGCUUUCAUCAUCGUGGGCACCGUCAACUGGCUCUCCAACUUCGCCGUGGGGCUCCUCUUCCCGUUCAUUCAGGAGCUGCCCAGGAUGCCAAGGGCUGCCUCAGAGGGAGUGGGCUUCCCGUCGCUGAGGGUCUGCAGGGAAGCCUAGGGUAGAAUCCCAGACCUGCCUUUGUACAUGUGCUUGUCACGGUGCUAGACGAGGUCCGGGUAACAGUGCCAGUGCACGCUGCAACGUGCCAUGCGUCUGACAUCCUCAUUGGCAUCGUAACCAAGCUGACGGGGUCACCGUCCCGAGGGUGACCGUGACGGACAGGGAAAUGCUAACUCGGGAAAUGGAUACAAGCUCUUUCUGUGUAGGUCAACUCGCUCGUUUAUUCAGCACGUAUUUAUUGAGUCCCUACUCUGUACCAGGCACUGUUUCAGGCGAUGGGGAUACAGUGGGCACAAAAACUUGUGCUUGUUGGUCCUGGAGCCAGAAAGGGAAGCAGCAGAAACAGAUGUGCUAUUUUACACGUGACAGUGACACCUCGUAUUUUAGAGGCGACACCUCAAGGGAGGUGACACCUGGGCAGAGACCUGAGUGAAGUGAAGCAGCCCGGGAAUGGAGAGGUCUAGGCAGAGAAACAGCUAGUGCAAGGGUCCUGAGGCAGGGCCAUGCUUGGCCUGUGUAAGGAACAGCAAAGAGGCCAGUGUAGCUGGAACCGAGUGAGUAACGAUAAUGGCAGAGGCAAGAGAUAAGAUCAGAGAGUUCUCUGGGGGCAGGAGCACAAAAGACGAGGACUUUACAGGUGUUCUGCCCAGAGCCAGGGGCCCGGCUACAUGCCAAAGAGGGUCCAGCUCCUCUGCUCUAAUGCCUCCAGGGCUACCUGCUGCCCAUGACAGAAGUGAUACCGUCAGUGAAGGUGAGGAUCCAUCAGAUGUCCCUGAGGAAGAACCACCGUCCAUUCUCAGGGACCAUUUCAACCCUCACCCCCUCCCCUGGGGUUAAUACUUUGCUUAUUAAUUGACUAGCACCAAGCCCAGCACAUCCCAGAGGCCCUGCUGUCAGCUCGACUGAGCCCCGGGUCAACAGGCCUGGCCACAGGACCGCAUGAUGGUUACACCUGCUUCCGUGGUUACAGGUCCCCUGCACACGGCUUCUUCUGUGCCCACUCGUACAGCCCUGAGCUGGGGUUUCGUGUCAUCCACUUCACUGCCGACAGGCUGAGGCUCAGGGAACAGACGCAGUCAGCCCGAGGUCCUGCGGUCACCACCCAACCUGGCCCCUCUGUCCCGGGGCCUCUUACUUGUGGGCAUUCUCUGCCUGCGAUCCACUAGUCUGGGUGAGAGGCUGACCCGCCGUGUGACUUUUAAAGCAUCGCCAACUGCAUCUGAGGUACAGGCACCCUUCCUCUGAAGCGUGCAUGACGUGGGGGACACCCUGGGCCCCACGCCCAUUUCCUCCCGUCCUCGGAGCGGCCAGAACAUAACAAGUUGUCUUUUCAAUGACUUCGAACCUGAAAUGGCUUUUUCCUGUUUGGGUCAAAGCCAGCAGAGCCAGGGAUCGGUAAAAUAUUCAUUAUCAUGGGGAAAAUUAACUUCAAACCACUUCUCUGUCGACACGGACCCCCCCACCACCCCUGCAAUGUAAGUGGAGAACUCUAGAGGCUUCACCUGGCCCACCCCUAAGCUUUCUGUGCCUGGGAAGUAGGCCACUGUCUUCUGAGCAGUUUGGGGUUGAGGGGUGGUGAAAGCCCCCCAACCCCAAACACGACCCCUCAUUUUCCCACCACGGUUCGUGAGCGAACAGCACAGAGGCGCUUCUGGAACACCGGUGUUUGCUGAGCACUUGCUGGGUGCCAGGCCCCAGUCAACCCCUGUCAGUGCCGGGAGGUCGUGCCUUCGUGUCUCCCUCGUGCGGACCAGUGGACCAGAGCUCGGGGAGAUGCGGCCACUCCCCAAGGUCCUCCCCUGGGAAAUGACAGAGCAGGACUUGAGCCCAGUCCCUCGUCCUCGCCUGUGAGACAAGGGGACGAAGGAGCCCUUGGUUAUACGGCAGGGGAUUCCUUCCUACUAGUGCGUUCGAGCUGGGCCCGAGGAGUUAAUUUACGUUUAAAUAUGCACAUGCGCACACGCACACACGUGCACACGCAGGCACGCACCUCAGAGGGGUCUCCAGCUGAUCGGAUCCAUCUGACCUUUAUUUCAUGUCACUCGUCUGGCGAAUCAUAACCCGUCCACAGCUUCUCCCAGCAGAGACAUAGUGCUGCCUGUCCCUCGAGACGCUGCCGGGGACUCGGAGUGUACGGGCCAGGCUUGUGCCAGGUUCCUGAAGCACCUGCUGGUUCGGCCUACUCAGCUGGGUGACUUUUGUCAGGGAAGGGGUGCAGGAGAGGACAGCGACCACGACAGAGCAGGUCACGCGCGCCGUCACGCCAUGGCACGCUAGGUCUCAUUGCCCCCACAUGUCGGCCAGGAUGGUUUGGGUUUGCUGCAGGAAGAAACGGUGCCCAAGUCUCAGGGGCUUUAAAGCACCCAGGACCGUGUCUCGUUCAUGCUAGGUGUUCGUUGGGGGAGCCGGGGGGACUGGAGAUCCUGCCCCAGAACUUCCCGACUCAGGCUUCUGCCCUCUGCAGCAACAGCCCCUGCAGGUGACGGGUCUCACACCUGUCCGUUAAGGCCUCGCCCGGCAGUGACACGGGCUGCCACCACGCAAAUGCCCUUGAGUGAAAGCCUCAGUCACACGGUUCACCCCAGGGGAAAUGCAAAGUGCCUCGUGUCCAGAGGGGAAGAGCCAGAAAUCAGUCCUUCCAUAAUGACGGCCGUUGCCCACCCUUGGAGGAGGAAAGUCAGACUCAGCAGGCUCAGGACACUUGAAGGUCCCGUACCAAUGGGAGGAAGAACAUGGUCCCACCCAUGGAUGUCAGCCCACGUGCCCUUCCUCUGCCCACAGGGCUUUGGUGUGUGUCAAACUCCAUUCACCGUAACCCAGUUUUUGAUAGCCUUGACCACUAAUUUAGGGGAUCACGUUCAUUCUAACUGGCUCGCUUCCAGCUGGGUGCCCUGGAGCCUGAGAGGUUUCUGGGGCCACAGCUCAUCCUGGGUCACCCUGUGUGAUGGACUAGAGCGUCUGAGGGCAAAAUAAGCCAGGACUCUCAGUGGUUAGAGGAUCCCCUCCGGAGGAGGAGGAGUCCCCGAGCGUGCUGUCACCGUGAUUAAAAAUGCAUCCGUUCACACUACCGGUAUGAUCUCGUGCGCCACAUUUCGCAGAGCAAGUCAGCCCGAGGGCCACUCAGAGCCCAGCCCAGAGCAGGGGCAUAAGGCCAGGGCCCAGGUAAGGACUCAGGGCUAAGAAGGAUGCCACCCGCCCACAGAGCUGAGCGCCCCCCCCCCCCCCUGCAGAAAUGACACAAGUCUGCAUGUCUGUCUUAGAAUAUCCAGAGCAGCAGUCUCCUCUCAGACGUGUCAAGGGCACAGGAGUCACAGGAGAGUUGCGGGCACCAUUCCUUACGGGCUGAGGUUUCAGGGUUUGGGGCAAGGCAAAAAGGAGUUGGGGAGGGGAGGGCUUCACAGAAAGACGAGUGGCUGGGGAGGACCCAGCAGGCAGGUCUCUGACCCGUUCCCUGAGAGGUGUUGGGCUCAGAUCUUGUCAUUGCCUUUGGCAUUUUGGGGCUAGAGCUGGAGAGAUGUGUGGCUCCCACAUCAGAGACCACCUGACCUUGACCUUGCCUGGCAAUGUCCACAGCCACACAAGGGACAUGGGUAGGCGGUCUGGGGGAGCCAAGGAAGAGAGCCAUCUCUGCAGCAGCCCGCUGGGUCAGUGCGGCAGGGUCGUGAAAAGCUGACGGGCUAUGUGAGCUACCAGGGACUGCGUGAAGGAGGAAUUGAGGGGUGACGGGGAAGGAAGGGAGCCCUCAGUGAACACGCCAGGGCCAUUACCACAUCUCUGCCAGGCAGUCGCCAGACCUUCACUUGGAGCCGUCUGGAAACAGGGCUGUCAGGGUCCCUGGAGGAGAGUGACCCCAUCAUCCCCUUGUACUGGCCAAGAUGGCGGGUCCAUGGGUGUGUGGACGUCUGUGUCUUUCCAGAACAAGGCGACCAGUGGCUGCAGGCCAGACACUAAGCUGCGUUGUAUCGAGACGCAUGGCACAAGGCCUGGCCGUGACCAAACGACGGCCGAGUGGGAGGUGACAUGUGUCACCCGAGGGCACAAGACACACUGGGUGUGUAUGAUCACACUGUUACAAAAGAGUAGGGCCAGCGUUCACACCUAACCCUGUCUAGCCCCUCUGGGUCACCCCACCAAAAACCAUUUAGAUUUCAAAAUGCACAUGUUCAUUCACUCAUUCAUUCACUCACUCAUUCAUUCCUCAAACCCUUGCCGAGUACCUACAACAAUGCCAAGCG